ACCCGGUGGACUAGCUGCGGCUGCCCAGUCGCCAACUCGCGUGCGACCCGCGCUCCGCCCGCCGCCGAGAGAGUCGCCGGCGCCGCCUGUGACCUCUUGAGGCUGGCAUGCAGGAUGGCAGGACAGCCCAGCCACAUGCCCCAUGGAGGGAGUCCGAGCAACCUUUGCCACGCGUUGGGGCCUGCACCCCCUCCAGACUCACAGAGGCACCCCAACAUGCUGUCUUUUCGCUGCUCGCUGGCAGACUUCCAAAUUGAGAAGAAGAUUGGCAGGGGGCAGUUCAGUGAGGUUUACAAGGCCACCUGCCUGCUGGACAGGAAGACAGUGGCACUGAAGAAGGUGCAGAUCUUUGAGAUGAUGGAUGCCAAAGCCAGGCAGGACUGUGUCAAGGAAAUUGGUCUCCUAAAGCAACUGAACCAUCCAAACAUCAUCAAGUAUCUGGACUCGUUCAUCGAAGACAACGAGCUGAACAUUGUGCUGGAGCUGGCUGAUGCGGGCGACCUCUCACAGAUGAUCAAGUACUUUAAGAAGCAGAAACGGCUCAUUCCCGAGAGGACGGUGUGGAAGUACUUUGUGCAGCUGUGCAGCGCCGUGGAGCACAUGCACUCCCGACGUGUGAUGCACCGAGACAUCAAGCCUGCCAACGUGUUCAUCACAGCUACGGGCAUUGUGAAGCUUGGCGACCUCGGCCUGGGACGCUUCUUCAGCUCCGAGACCACUGCGGCCCACUCACUAGUGGGAACACCAUACUACAUGUCACCUGAGAGGAUCCAUGAAAAUGGCUACAACUUCAAGUCAGACAUCUGGUCCCUAGGCUGCCUGCUGUAUGAGAUGGCAGCUCUGCAGAGCCCCUUCUAUGGAGACAAGAUGAAUCUCUUCUCCCUUUGCCAAAAGAUCGAGCAGUGUGACUACCCACCUCUCCCGGGGGAACACUACUCUGAGAAGCUUCGGGAACUGGUCAGCAUGUGUAUCUACCCUGACCCUGACCACCGACCUGACAUUGGAUAUGUGCACCAGGUGGCUAAGCAGAUGCAUGUCUGGACCUCCAGCACCUGAAUGCAACACACCUCAUCAAAGCCAAACAUCACUUGUCUUACUCGAGUCCUCUCCCCCAAGUGGUACCUAGAAGCCUCCACGGCCAAGACCAGAGGGCUCAGCUGGCUCCCAUAGGUGGCUGCUCGGCCACUGCGCUGAAAACAGCUGUGUUAUGGUCAAACUCCAAAGUCCUUUCUUUGAACUGUUGCAGACAAUCUAAGCUGGUCUAUUAGUGGGGGAAGAGGCUUGGCAGUCACUGAAGCCCCUUGUUCCAACUGAAAUGUGAACCUCUGCCUGGCUGCUUCAGACCUGUCCAGGCCCACAAUGUCAGGAGACUUGAAAGGAGCUGGGUGACUGGUGUGUGGUGAGCCUUUGCAAAUGGUUAGCACCAGUUGGUUUAGUUCUUAGUACCUUCCCAUACAAUCAGUCUGAGUGCUUCAUUUACUCUUUUGUAAAGGGAGACAAUGAAAAUAAUGGUUUAGAGUAGAGAUUUCACUAAUAUUUUCUCUGCAUUUUCUAACUUGUUAAGUGACAGUGAGGAGCACCCAGUGUCAGGUAUUGUGAGGCAAGUGGCAUCUGGGAGAUAGGGUACUCCACUAUCUUCUGAGCCCUGCCAGAUACCAUCCCCUGCUGGAAUGCUAUGGCUCACUUUAGGAUCAGUGUGGAGCAUUUUCAUGGGGGGAAGACAGCAAGAAAACUCCAAAAGCUUUGAUCUCAAAGCUUUAAAAACUUUUUAAAAUUUUAUUCUUUAAAAAUUUUGGUUCUCUAUCUUCCUAGUAACUUGGGCCUUUCUGAGCCUUCAUUUCCUCAUCUGCAAAUGGGACUAAUAAGGUAUCUAUCUUCCAGGUGGCUGACAGAAUUUAAAACAAAAAAUGUUACUUAGGUAUGGCAGCCUAAGCUUGUUAUCCUAGCACUUGGGAGGUAGAGGCGGGCGGAUCAAGAAUCCAGCGUCACCCUCAGCAACACAGGAAGUUUGAGACAGGACUGGACUACAUAAGACCCUAUCUCAAAAAUAACAACAAACAAAUAAGAUGCAAAUUAGCUAGCAGGUAACCCAAAAAUACAACCUGUCACCCCUUCAGAAUACUCAAGCCAUGGACCAUUGGAGUCAAGAAUUAAAAUUACAGCUGUAUUAUGUGCAGGAAAUCCAGAAAUAUGUUCAUUUACUUUUUGUUCCCAAUAGGAUUAACUGUGAAGACUAACUUAUAAAUGUGAAUUUAAGGAAACUUAAGUGCUGGCGGAAACAGUCUGAAUUUGUUCUUGUAUGCCAGUGGUUCUCAAUUGUGGGCCCAGACCCCUUCAACAAACCUGUCUCCCAAAAUAUAUCCAUUAUGAUAAAAUUACAGUUAUAUAGUA